AUGUCAACAAAAAUAAAUCUUCGUCCAAAAACAAAGGAAAACUACGAUAUAGAAGAUUAUAAUUUUUCCGAUACUGAAAAUUCUUUAAAAUUAAAAAAAAAACCUUACAAAAAGCGUAAAACAGUAAUAACAAGUGAAAACGAGAUAAAAAACACUAGUACAAGUGAUGAAAGUGUCAAAACAAUACCAAAAAUUCCCGAAAAUGAAACUGAAAAUGAUUCUGAAAGCGAAAACAUUCUCGAUCGUCUUCCUAAAUCAAAAAAAUCAUUGAAAAAUCUACUACAAUAAGUAGAAAAGAAAAUCUAAAUAUACAAAUCUUAAUUCUUUAAGGAGUAAUAUGACAUAAACAACGGUAAAAAAAGCCUUAUUCCCGAUAAUUCUAUCCCUAUCUGCCAAGAUGUGACCAAAUUUGAUUUUCAAAGCCUAAAAUUAGCACAAGAAAAGCACUCAGGUUAACUUUUUGAUGUCAUAAUGAUGGAUCCACCAUGGUAAUUGUCAUCUUCUUAGCCUUCUAGAGGUGUAGCUAUAGCAUAUGAUUCCUUAUCAGAUGAAAAAAUAUAGAAUAUGCCUAUAGAAACAUUAUAAAAAGACGGAUUUAUAUUCGUUUGGGCUAUUAAUGCCAAAUAUAGAUUGACAUGUAAACUUAUAGAAAAUUGGGGAUAUACACUAGUCGAUGAAAUUACUUGGGUUAAAAAAACUGUAAAUGGAAAAAUCGCUAAAGGGCAUGGUUUUUAUCUAUAACAUGCAAAAGAAAGUUGUUUAAUUGGAGUCAAAGGAAAUGUAUUAAAUAAUGAUAAAUUUUAAAAAAAUAUAUCUAGUGAUGUAAUUUUUAGUGAAAGAAGAGGAUAAAGUUAAAAGCCAGAAGAAAUUUAUCAAUUAAUAUAAGAAUUAUGUCCUAAAGGGUAUUAUUUAGAGAUAUUUGCAAGAAGAAAUAAUUUACAUGAUAAUUGGGUAUCUAUAGGAAAUGAACUUUGA